AUGACUGUCCCGAACGGGGGAGCUCCACAUGACAAUGAGAAGGAUGAUGCUCACGACAAGUUGCCCGAGAUCCACCUAGCAGCCGAUGGCCUCCCACCGAUGCACCACUAUAUCAAACACCACGAGGACCACGGCCACGAGAACGGCGCGUUCGAUGAUGACGGCCUGAAGUCGCCGCCGUUGAGCAGAAGAGGAACAUGGAUGAAAACCCGAUCCCGCCGAAACUCGUUGAAAUCGCUGCGAUCCCGGGCCAGCUCGAUCGUCGAGUCGAUCAAGGAUGUUAUGUCCAAGGAGACGAUUAUGACCAUUUGGAUUCAGAGCGCCCUGCCCUUUCUGAUCGCUGGUCUCGGUUCUAUUGGCGCCGGUGUUGCCCUGAAUCAAGCACAGCAAUUUCCGCUUUUUGUAAAAAUCCCACAAAUGAUCGCCCUAUCCACCCCGAUUAUGGGCUUGAAGGGAAAUUUGGACAUGACUUUUGCGUCGAGAUUGGCAACUAUGAGUCACCAAGGAAAACUUGACACAUGGGAUGGCAUCAAAAAAAGAGUACCGAUCAAUAUGAUGUUGGUACAGGCUCAAGCCAUGGUCAUCUCCUUUUUCGCCACGGCGCUUACUUUGGCCCUUUCUGCUAUUCAGAAUGCAGUCGGCGUUGCCGGGGCACCUUCGAUGGAUUCCAUUGGCGUGCACAUCCCGCUAAUGAUCGCCACCGGCCUAAUGACAAUCUGCACGUCUUGCGGCGUGAUGGACACCGUCAUGGCCACCAUGGUUAUUGUUUCCAGACGCAAAAACGUGAACCCCGACAACAUCACCGCCCCCAUUGCCGCGUCGAUGGGCGAUCUAGCGUGCAUGUGCUUGCUGCGA